AUGUAUCAACCAGCCUCAGAUCCAACGAAGCCACCGGCCACCGGUUUCCCGGUGAGCUACAGCACUUCAACAACCUUCACCACCAACGACACUUCUUCUUCCUACACCCCACCGGCACCUCCCCAGCCCAAACCUAUCAUUGAAUGGUCCACCGGCCUCUGUGACUGCUUUUCCGAUAGUGGAAACUGUUGCUUAACGUGGUGGUGUCCAUGUAUUACCUUUGGCCGAAUUGCAGAAAUAGUUGACAGGGGAUCCUCAUCAUGUGGUACGAGUGGGGCUCUGUAUACCCUGAUUUGUUGUGUGACAUGUUGUUCUUGCCUAUACUCUUGCUUCUACCGAUCCAAGAUGAGAAGACAGCAUGGUUUAAAGGGAAAUGGUUGCACGGAUUGCUUGAUUCAUUGCUGCUGCGAGCCCUGCGCCCUCUGUCAAGAAUAUCGUGAGCUUGAAAACCGUGGCUUUGAUAUGACUAUUGGGUGGCAUGGAAACGUAGAGCAACGAAGUCGGGGAGUAGCCAUGACUGCUUUAACAGCACCACCAGCAGAACAGGACAUGAACAGUUGA